CUGGAAAAUGACACUGCAACCAUUAACUCCAGUGAACUGUGCAGGCCUUCUGCAGCCUGGCUGCUCCCUGCUACAGCUGGAUGGUGAAGUUCUCCUGUUUGGCCAGAAAGGGUGGCCCAAGCGUUCAUGUCCAACAGGUGUAUUUGGGGUUCGGUUGAAAUGUGGCGAGAUGAAGUUGAGGCCCAUUUCCUUCUCCAGUGACUCAUGCUACCUUCCUCCGUUACGUUGUCCAGCUGUUUGCCGCCUCGACCCCUAUGACGGGCUUCCAGAGAGUUAUCUCAUCCAUGGCGGCCGCACCCCAAAUAAUGAGAUCUCAUCGAGCCUGUACCUGCUGACCACGGAUAGCCGUGGCUGCAAUCGUAAACUGACCUUGAGCUGCAAAGAGAGGGAACUGGUGGGAGAAGUGCCGGGGGCCAGAUACGGCCACACAAUGAGCAUGGUUCAAAGCCAUGGGAAGACAGCUUGUGUUUUGUUUGGGGGUAGAUCCUACAUGCCCGCAGGAGAGCGGACCACAGAGAGCUGGAACAGCGUUGUGGACUGUCCUCCUCAGGUGUUCCUGUUUGACUUGGAGUUUGGUUGCUCUUCUGCUCACACUUUACCUGAGCUCAGCGAUGGACAGUCUUUCCAUCUGGCCCUGGCCAGAGAAGACUGUGUCUACUUCCUCGGGGGACAUUCACUCACCUCUGACUCUCGUCCCCCUCGACUCUUUCGCCUGCGUGUUGAGCUCCUGCAGGGCAGCCCCUUGCUUUCUUGUGAAGCUCUAGACACUGGGAUAUCCAUCUCUAGUGCCAUAAUCACCCGUACAGGUCCCACUCACAAAUAUAUCAUCUUAGGUGGGUAUCAGGCAGACUCUCAGAAGAGGAUGGAGUGCAGAACUGUGAUUCUGGAUGAGAAAGGGAUUCACUUUGAGCCCUUGGAACCACCUAAGUGGACCCCAGAUAUCAUCCAUAGUCGCACUUGGUUUGGCGGCAGUGACGGGGAGGGAAAGGUCCUGCUUGGUGUACCCACGGAAGGAAGGCCAUGCCAACCAGAUAUGCAUUAUUUUUAUCAGGUGAGCUUCCAGACAGAGGGAGAAGGCAAAGAGGAAGCAGGAACACAGGGCUGCAGCCAGGAGUCAACAGAUUACGACGACUCCACUCCUCUUGAAGAUUCUGAGGAGCUCUACUUCGGGCGUGAGCCACACGAGCUGGAGGACAGUGAUGGAGAAGGGGAUACUUACAAUGAGGAAGAUGAGGAGGACGAAUCACAAACAGGCUACUGGAUCAAAUGCAGCCUGGGCUGUCAGGUAGACCCCAACACGUGGGAGCCAUACUACUCUACUGAGCUCCACCGGCCAGCCAUGAUCUUCUGCUCCAGAGGGGAGGGGGGACACUGGGUCCAUGCUCAGUGCAUGGAGCUGUCUGAGACCCUUCUGCUCAGGCUCUCUGAGGGCAACAAAAAGUACUUCUGCCUGGACCACGGAGGCCUGCCUUACCAGGAGAUGACACCACCCCGACAGGUCAUGCCUCUGAAGCGCACCCCCAUGAAAGUUAAGGACAGGAAAACUCCUCCUACAAUCAGGAUGUCCCCCGCAAAAAAAAGCUUUUUCAGAAGGCUUUUUGACUGAAUUCAGUUUUGAUUAUGACGCAUGUAGAUGGUCACUGUUAAAAACGCUAUGUAGACUGAGAACAUUUCUUGUUCAUAUUUAGAGAAUAAAUGAUAGAGGAAAAAUACAUAACAUACUGAUCCGUACUCAAUGUGGAAAAUACUGUAAAGAGAAUAAACUGUAAAAUUGCAACCUGAUAUGUUGUAUCUAACAGCUGUGUAUUUCCAUUAGAAUCUCACAUUGUUUUUCAAAAAAUAAGUACUAUUUUAGCAAGUUCGUCUACAGUGUUUCUAAUUUGUGUUUGUAUAAUCUGUAUAACAGGCAAUUUAAAUUUUGCAUUCCAUUAAGUAUAACAGGUUUUACAUCCUAACAUUUUCUUCCAUGGCCAAAUAGAGCUGCAUUCUUUUUACAAUUCUUUCUACUAUUAAGAUGAUGAUUAUUGAAUGAA